UUCCUCCGACCGGUCGAUUGUGGAAACCGCAUUACAAUGUGCUCAUGGCACAAUUGCGGGAGUAUUUGCACACUGCAGUACCAACUCCGUUGAUGGACGCCGGAGUAGAGGUUGUCGACCUUCAGGAGUACAUCGCGAAGAUCGACCGCGAGUUCAAGACACAACGGUACGACGACAUUGACGCACCAUUGUUGUAUGUACGCAUUCAGAUCGGAGAGGCGACCUGCAGCGCCUUGAUCGAUUGCGGUGCAACUCGCAACUACAUGAGUCAGGACUUCAUGGUACGCGCCGGCCUUGGCCCACGCGCCAGGAGGAAGUCCAAUCUGACACACGUGACGUUGGCCGAUGGUCACACACACAAGUCAAUUGACCGGUGCAUUGACAACGUCCCUGUGUAUUUCGCCCCUCAUGCACGCGAGGCCGUGUCCUUCGACAUUCUGGACACUAAGUUCGACAUGAUUUUGGGCAUGUCAUGGCUGCGAAGUGAGGACCACCCGGUGAACUUCUACCGCCGCACCGUUCACGUUCGUGACCGGGAUGGAGUGCUAGUCCCAUGCACGGUGCCUCCUCCUCACCCUUCGAUCAGCUGUCACGUGGUGUCCGCUGCAAGUAUUCGAGGUUCCAUCAUCAAGGAUGACAUUGAGGAGAUGGGGGGGUGUUUUCUCCACGCCCUCCCGCCCCAGGACACCCCAUUGACGGAAGCAUCAUCGGACCCACGCAUCAGUGAGCUUCUCGCCACUUAUAGUGAGGUGUUCGAGGCCCCGCACGGAGUAGUACCAGAUCGGCCCAUCCGCCACGAGAUCAUCCUCGAGGACGGGGCUGUACCUCCGCGUGGUUGCAUCUACCGAAUGAGCGAGGAAGAGUUAAGUGUGCUACGGGCACAACUCGACGACCUUCUGGAGAAAGGCURGAUUCGGCCUAGCUCUUCGCCAUACGGUGCGCCUGUUCUCUUCGUUCGGAAGAAGAACAAGGAUUUGCGGUUGUGCAUCGAYUAUCGUAAGCUCAACGCGCAGACGGUCAAGAACGCCGACCCUCUCCCACGCAUCGACGAUCUCCUGGAGCGACUGGGCGGCGCCAAGUUCUUYUCCAAGUUSGACCUCAAGUCGGGUUAUCACCAACUUGAGAUUCGCCCGGAGGACCGAUACAAGACCGCGUUUAAAACGCGAUAUGGGCAUUUCGAAUGGCUGGUCAUGCCGUUUGGCCUUACGAAUGCCCCAGCCACAUUCCAGGCGGCUAUGCCAUUGGAGUUUCGACACAUGAUGGAUCGUUUCGUACUCAUCUACCUCGACGACAUCUUGGUGUACAGUCGGAGUUUGGACGAGCAUGUGGAGCUCAUGCGCACCAUUCUGGAACGGCUACGACAGGCCAAGUACAAAGCCAACCGCGACAAAUGUGAAUUCGCGCGGCAAGAGCUAGAGUACUUGGGACACUAUGUGACGCCGCAAGGCAUCCGUCCGCUUGCGGACAAGAUCGAGGCCAUCCGCGUAUGGCCCGAGCCCACCAACACCACGGACGUUCGUUCAUUCAUGGGGUUGGCAGGCUAUUAUCAGCGUUUCAUCACCGGAUACUCAAGGAUUGCCGCACCUCUGACGAGACUACAAUCGCCAAAGGUGCCGUUCGUAUUCGAUGACGACGCGCGCCAGGCUUUCCAAACACUCAAGACGGCCAUGCUCAUGGCACCCGUCCUUAGCAUCUACGACCCCACUCUGCCUACGAGAGUGACGACUGACGCUUCCGGUUACGGCAUUGGGGUAGUCUUGGAGCAGCACGACGGCGAGGAUUGGCACCCUGUGGAGUAUUUCAGCCACAAAGACCUCAUUUUCGAUGUUAUGCGGUAUUGCGAUUCUUGCGAAGUUUGCCGACGCAGCAAACCCCGCAACCGCAAUCCCUAUGGCGAGUUACGCCCGAUGCCUAUCCCCCGGGAACCCGGUCUCUCCAUUUCUAUGGAUGUCACCGGUCCGUUUCCUCGAGACCGGCUCGGGCACGACGGCAUCCUCACGGUUGUGGACCGAUUGAGCAAGUACGCACGUUUUCUUCCUUGCAAGUACUACUCCACGGCUCCCGAGCUGGCACGCCUCUUGCACACCGGUUGGAUUUGUGGCCACGGCGUACCCGAGGACAUAGUCAGCGACCGCGACACUUGUUUCAUGUCGACUUUUUGGACCUCUCUCAUGCAGGAGUCCGGCACGACGAUGAAACCCUGUUUGGCUCGGCAUCCACAGACAGACGGGCAAACGGAGCGGGCACAUCAGACCGCUCAAAUGAUGCUUCGUACGCUCAUCCGUCCGGACCAGAAAGAUUGGGUUGACCGCCUCCCCGACAUCGAGUUCGCCUACAACACUUCAGUGCACCCGGCGAUCGGUGUGACUCCAUUCGAGUUGCACCACGGUGGACGGAAAGGCYGUAUCUUCGCUGAUCUUCUCCUCCCUCGACCAACCRACAUUGAYGCCGCUUGCUCUCCCGCUUCCGUUCGGAAGUACAGGGAAUUGCUGGCUCAAGCCCGCACAAACAUGCAAAAGGCUCAAGUCCGCAUGCAGCAGCAAGCCAACAGGCGCCGCAUACCAUGUCCCAUCCGCGCCGGAGAUCGAGUUWGGGUCUCCUCGGAAGAGUUUGCAUUGGAACAGGAUGUCUCACGCAAACUACUCCCUAAGUGGUUUGGACCAUGGACAGUGACAUCAGUCGCGGGCGAUGAGCCCGAUGGCCCUUCAUUUGUGAUCGACAUUCCUGAGCAUCUGACGGGCUUGAUUGCCCUGUCUGUGCUGUUGGGUCCACUAUUCCGAGUGAUGUUUCCCCUGGGCUUCGGGAGAGUAAGCACCUCCUGUAUGAUGAUGCGCUCAGGAGCAGUGAAGCCAAGGCCCACACCUGCUGAGCAGGCUGAGAUAGACCGCCGGCAGGCAGAAAAGAAGAAAGAAAGAGAAGAAAGAAAGAAAAAGAAAGAAGAGGAACUAAAGAAAAAGGUCCAGCUAGAAGAAGAAGAGUUAAAGAAGAAGUUGAAAGAGAAGCUGGACCAGGAAAUAAAGGAAGAAUUGCAGACUAUUGAAGAAGAAGAAGAGUCUGAGGAAGGAGGAGAAAGACUUGUCAGGCGGCAUGCAGAAAGAGGUGAAACCAGCCAAGCAGCGGGUGAGCUUAAUGUCAAACCGCUGGACUGGUACGAUCAGUAUGCCUACUCCAGUGACAUACCAACAAAAACGGAAGAAGAAAGAGAUAUAUUUGUUGCAAGAUUGGCGACUGUGACAGACCAAAGGGACAAAGAACUCAUGCUUGAGGAAAAACGCGCCGAGCUGCACAACAAAAUGUUAGCAGCAAAGCGAAAGGAACUCGUUGAUAGAAAGAGAUUACAAGCAGAGGGAGCGAGAUUACAUAGCGAGCUUCUGGCACAAAAAGAUAAACAGGCAGCCACCGAAGAAAAACUUGCUCUCCUGACUGAAACGGUUCUCCAUACCAAGCAAGAAGUCGCUGCAAUCAACCGAACCUUACAAAAAGUUGAAAGCAGACAACAUGAAUUUGAAAAUGUCAAGAACACCUUCCUGCAGAAGUCCGCCAAAAACGUAGAUCUGCAUAUUCAAUCCUACAUCAAGAAAUUGGAUGAUCACGUCACCCAAACCUUCACUCCGACCGUAAUUGAAAGGAUAGUGCAGGGCAACGGCGGAGGAGGAGGCGGUGAUGGAGACGGGGAUGGAGGCGAUGGAGAUAAAAAAGGAAAGGGGGUACGACGAGAAGAAGGAGCGGGACCUAGUAACAAAAUUAAGGUUAAAAUUCCAUGGACCUACACAGGCAAGAAAGAGGAAAGUGUCUUGCAUUGGAUGGCGGCAGUAGAGUCCUAUGUCUAUGGACAGCGGAUUCCGUAUUGGGAUAGAGUUCUGAUGGCCACUUCGUGUAUGGCCGACGACGCAAUGAGCUUCGCCAUCUCAUUACAAAAGGAAGCGGGUUGUACUCGCUGCGGAUUACUACCACGUGCGACACCUUCCUUCCGUCGCCAUCUGUCGCGCACCCUAGUGUCGCAACGUGUCGCCCUUUGUCGCACGUCACCAGGCUGGCGCUCUGCCAUAGACGGCCAGUCUUCUCCUGUGUCUCUGCGGCGGGAGGAAGAAGGGGACAAGGUGGUGGAGCAGCAGCUACACGCGGCGGCGGCGGCGGAGGAGGAGGUGGAAGAGGAGGAGGAGGAGGAGGAGGAGGAGCACGACAACGAAUCCUUCAGAGUGGCCCAGGUUGGGUCAGAAAUGGGAUUCAAAGUACCCAGGUUAACCCAUCGGCGAGGCAAAGUUCGUCCUUGUGCAGAGAAUCGAGAAAGAUUCGCCACAGCCAGGGAGAAUUGGCUUCAGAAUGCCGAAGAGGAGGCGGACGAUGACCAUGGCAAGAAACCAGUGGAGCUCUUGCUGUACGCACGGGACAAGUAUAGGAAAAUGCGGACCCGCGUGCUGUCGUCCAUUUGGAUGAUUGGAGGGUUUAUUUUCGUCUUGUACAUGGGCCAUGUCUAUAUCUGGUUGAUGGUUGUCAUUAUACAACUAUUCAUGGCACAUGAAUUAUUCUCCUUGGCAAGGGCUGCUCAGAGAGAAAAGCAGCUUCCAGGUUUUCGGUUCAUCAACUGGUGGUUUUUCGUUACGGCCAUGGCUUUUGUCUAUGGGCGAUUUCUGAAGAAACAAUUGACAGAGUCGAUAUCCGCUGACCGGCUGCUAUCGAGGAUGUUUGUCAAUGCGAUACGCUACCACAUGAUCAUAUCCUACUUCAUGUACAUUUCAGGUUUUGUUCUGUUCAUUUUGAGCCUCAAGAAAGGCAUGUACCAGUAUCAAUUUGGGCAGUUCGCAUGGACGCACAUGAUUCUUUUCCUUGUGUUUGCGCAGUCGUCAUUCACAGUGGCAAACAUCUUUGAGGGCAUCAUCUGGUUUCUUCUGCCCUGCACGUUGAUCAUUGUGAAUGACAUCAUGGCGUACUUCUUCGGAUUCUUCUUUGGACGGACCCCUCUCAUCAAGAUUUCUCCAAAGAAGACUUGGGAAGGCUUUAUUGGGGCUUCAAUAGCAACUGUUAUCACUGCCUUUCUGCUCGCAGGUUACUUGGCAAGAUUCCAAUGGUUGACAUGCCCUCGAAAGGACUUGACAACUGGCUGGUUGAGUUGUGAGCCAGGGCCGAUGUUCGAGGUGAAGGAGUACAGAGUCUCCCCAGUACUGCUGGCCAUCUUCCCACGGUGGCCGUGGUCGACUGUGCAGUACAUUCCAGUUCAAAAGCAUGCACUGGCCUUUGGUUUAUUUGCAUCAAGCAUUGCGCCGUUUGGUGGCUUUUUUGCGAGUGGAUUCAAGCGUGCCUUUAAAAUCAAGGAUUUCGGCGACAGCAUUCCCGGACAUGGAGGGAUAACGGAUCGCAUGGAUUGCCAAAUGGUAAUGGCAGUGUUUGCAUACAUAUACUAUCAGUCAUUCAUUGCUAGAGGCCAUGUCACAGUUGGUGCCUUGCUUGCCAAGGCAUUGACCCUUCCUCCAGAACAGCAGAUGGAGCUCUAUACAAAAUUGGAAAAUAUUCUUUUUGGAGAGGGAUACAAUUUCACUGCAAAAUUGCAUAACGCAGCGACCUGUGUGGUAUGAUAUUGGGUGCUCAGGGCUCAGUAGAAGGAAGGGUUCAGUUAAGGUACCCUGAACCAGGGUGGAGAGUGGGAGGAUCGGAGGGAGGGGGCAAAGGAGGGGCCCGGGGAGGGGGGCGGAAGGGUGCAGCAGGACAGACAAUUGUCAGGGUAUGGCACGGCAUGGCGGAUGAAAAUGGGAAAGCCAUCCCUUGUGAACUUGGGAGAAAGUGUGCAGUGGUAGGGCAUCAGGACUAUGGUGGAAGCAUAGGAGUGAAUGGGAGAGGCUGCAGCAGAGGGCAUGGAAAAAGGCACCAUGUAGUGAACUAAAGGGAGGGGGGAAGAGAUGGGGGGGGCAGGAUGGGGAGGGGGAGGAAAAAUGAUUUUUUCAAUGCUGAAAGUAGUUGCGAUUGUGGUGAGCUGAGCUUUUUUUUUUAGGUCAUUUCGUCGACUGCUGCCUUUAAAAAGAAAGUUAUGGGAGAAGGGGAAGAGAAAGAUUGCUUAGAGAGGUGCAGGUUGUGGAGGGGAGAGAAUUAGAUGGUUGUAUAAAGAAUUUGAAAAGAGGUGAAGAGACAUUUCACAGCCGGUCAGUCGUCAGGCCGUUGUCCACUGCAACUCGACGGAACAGCAAGGCAAUC